CCAACAUUUGCCCCACCCGUCUUUUUCAAAUCAAGGCGAAUUUCGCAACUUGGUUGAUAAUCACGAUCGUCGGCAAUUGUUUAUGGGCGCUAUAAAUUCACUAAUAGAUACCCCAGGCGGUUAUUCUGUUCUUCAGAGGAAUUCAGAAACUCGUCAUUGUCGUUUUUGUGGAUCUGCUUACAACGAUGUUUGUACAAAAGAUAUUCACACGUCACGUUUGGAAGAUCAUCAUCCUGCUGAGCUCUGUGGUAUUUGGCUGGGAAGAUUGUAUUCAAAUCAGAUGAAAGAGAUCCGUAUACAUGGAGACUUCACAGCUUUGUCUGCAACUCAAUCACACUGUGCUGAAACUGAAGGUAAUUUUGAAUCAGUAGGAUCUCCGCUGAUCACAUUACCAAAGCGUUCCUGCGCCCCAACACGGUCACAAGUUGCGACGUUGCUUCGACAUUCUGACACCACAAAAAACCAAUCCACAUUGAAGGAUUUUUUUUCUACAAUGGAUAUUCGUAAUUCAAGUUCAGUUCAGUAUACAGAACUUGAAGGUUGUCAUAUUAACGGGUGUUUGUUCGUAGAACAUGGGAAUUUGGUCUUCCAAGCUGUAAGCAAGAGGUCACAUGUUCCAUUUCUGCUCAUCGAUCAACAAAUGCUGGGACCAACUAGCGACUGUGUUGCUCCAAUAUUUCAUCAAACUAAUAGAGAACGAUUCCUUGACAAUCCGAAACUGCAUUGCUCAAUUCAGCGUCCAUUACCGAUUUCUUCAUUUCUUGAAAAUGGUUCUUAUUUGGGGAAUUCAGAUACGGUUGGACAGAAAUGCUCAGCUUCACUAGUGGAUAAUCCUUAUGUAUCGACAAACAGGUACCCUGAAGAUGUCAAACCUCGUCUUCCACCACCACCUUUAAGAUUGUCAUGGCCGUUAGUCACUUUACGUCGUUUUGGCUUCUAUGGCAAUAGUUUGUUUAAAGUGGAAACAGGUAGACGGGCUCCACGCGGUGAAGGACUGUACUUAUUUCGUAUUAAACAUUUACGAGAAUUCAGAAAGUCAUUUGAGACAUGUGUUCAUCAACAUAGAGAUAAUCUAUCCGUUCAUCAAUUAUCAACAUCGAUUUCUGAAAGUCGUUCAUUACUACGAAGUAAUAAUAAUAAUAAUAAUGGAAAAUUAUCAUUCAUUAUGCCAUUUAACAAAAUCUUCCAUAAACAAUCAUCAAUAUCAUUAAGUACUACACCUAUAUUCAAUGAUUCAAUCAAUGAAAAAAUAGAUCAUAAUCAAUUCAACGGAAGAAAUGAUCAUAAAAACAUCAUUGAUAAUCAUGAUCCAUUAAAUCAUUAUCAUAGAUCAUAUCCGCCAGUUUUAACAGAACGUAAUAAUUUAGCUUUUUCAUUUGAUGAUACAGAAAUUGAACUUCUUCAUAAUCAAACUAUAAAAUUAAUGAAUAAUCAUCAUCAUCAUAAUAAUACGAAGAAGAAUAAGAAAAUUCAACAAAAACAAGAACAUCAUGAUCGUGUAUCAUCAAAUUGUUUACAUUGGCUUCAAUUACAGAAUUCAUCAAAUCAUUUUAGUAAUAAUGAAAAUAAUCAACAUGAUAAUCAUACAAACAAUAACCAUGGUAAUAAGCUACAACAUAAUUUUAAAUAUUCUUGUCCACAAUUAACUGAUAUUGCAUCAAUGAAUCCAAUUAACUGUAAUGAAGAUGAUGAUGAUGAUGAUGAUGCUACAGCUACUAGAAGCAAUAUUAGUCAUCAAUGUCAUCAUGUCGGUAGAGGAUGUUGUCAACGUAGUGGUGGUAGUUAUUUUUCUGUUCAUCAAUCAAAUAAUCAUCAGUCACAUUGUCUUAAUAAAGACACAAAAAAUGAUACAAUUGUUGAUAUGGAUGAGUGUAUUGUUAAAGUUGAUGAAGAUGAUGAAAUAUCUAAUCUACCUGAAGCACCUUUACCACCUUUAUAUAACAAUUCAUCAUCUUAUUGUGAUAUCAUACAAGGACAAAGUGUAUGUUAUCAACGAAUUUAUGAUAAUUUAAUUGCUGUCAAUAAUGGAAUGAAUGACACUACUUCUAAUAAUGAUAACGAUAAUUGUUGUUGUAGUACAAUAAGGCGUUCAUUGCCAUCAAUGACAACGCCAACAACACCCACAGUUUGUUUCCCUCAUCAACUAUCUAACGAAUACGGUGAUAAUAAUAAUAAUAAUAAUAAUAAUAACAAUAAUAAUAAUAAUAAUAAUAACGUGGCAGAAAUUGAUAAAAAGACCAGUGUAGAUGGGCAAACACAGAUUGACGGGGUUGGUCCUGUAGUAUUAGCAUUAGAAAGAGGUGAUUCAACGCCAUCUUUUGGAGAACAAAAAUUAGCACAUAUCAAUGAUUGUAACAAUCCACCUGCUCAUUUAAAAAAAUCAUUGUCAUCAGAUAUAAAUCUACCAGAAAUGAUCGAUAAACCUAGUUCAAUUAUAUCAAACAAUUCUACAACAACAACAACUAAUGGUGAUAAUAAUAAUAACUCGAAAGAACAUGAUGUAAUGAGAAAGUUUAGAAACAAAUCUCAAACAUUAAUUCUACCAAGAUUGCCAUCAAUAUCAACAUCAUCCAAAAUCUACUUACAUUCAAGACAUGCUAGUCUACCAAAUCCAAAUACAUGUAGUAAUACUGUUAUUAUUGGUGAUGGUAUUAGCCGCCGUGAACAUAGUUAUGCUAACACUGGUACUAAUCAUAGUCGACAAGAAAAUAUGCCAUUUCGUGUAAAUAAAAAGAUUCCAUCUGAUUAUUUAUGUAAGAUACAUCGUAAUCUUAGUAAUUCUUCAGACACAAAAAAUUCUGACAUGCUAGAUAUGAUUACUGAGUAUUCACCGUAUUAUAAUUUGUCGACAAGUCCUCAGACUUUAACUCAAAUCCAGUGUACUGGUCUGUGCACUUCUCAAACAAUUACUUCAUCGCCACCUGGAGAGAAUAAUCAAAAGUGUAUUCAUUCAUCUAGUGUUUCGUGUUUACCUACUGAUUUCACAUCCAACUGUACAUCUUUAUCUUCUGCAAAUCAUCCCGUUUCAGGGGAUAAUAUAAAUCGUAUAUCAUAUUGCAGUUCAUAUUCAAAAGAAUCACCUAUUCAGACUGCUCGUAAUCAACCCUCACCAUCAGUAGCAUCAUCGUCUGUAACAAUAAGUACUAAUAUUUCUGUUACUACUACUGCUACUACUACUACUUCUCCCUCAAUAACAACAUCUACCACUACCACUGUUCCAUGUAGGAUAGGUAACUUAGGCUGUCAUAACAAUUUUGAAAAGCCCACAAGUAUGUUGCACUAUGCAACAUUAGACUUUGGUAUCAUGACUCCAGAAACAUCCCAUUACAGGAAUGAAAGUUAUCCCGAUAUGAAUACUGUUCGUUGGAAUAACAAUAUCCACGACAUGGAUAAUACACAUACCGGUUCUAGUCGCAAUCAGAAAAGUUGCAGUAUGGACAACACUGUUACUAAUGCCAAUAACCAUAACAAUAAUAAUAAUAGUCACAGUAAUCUCAAUGAUAAUUAUUCUUCACGUAUUUACGGGACUCUUACAGACACUUUACAUUCACAUUUAAUAGAAUCUCCUUGUCAUCACCAUUUUUCUGGACAUACUGUAUCUAGUAAUAACAGUGCAAACUGUGAAGAUAUGAUUCGUGAUGAAACAGAUUCUGAUUUACCGUCAAAUUAUGUUGCUAUCUGUCAAUUACAAACAUUAGCAAUGCGAGCUGUAUUAAGUGCAACCACAUAAUUAUCUAGGAAAUAUUUAUUGUUAUAGUUUUACUACUUAUUUUCACAAAUAAGUAGUUAAAAAUGAAAUAACUACAAUUUUUGCAUCUCAUAUUAUGGUUCAUUAUUAUUUUUCUUUUUUUUUCUCUCUACAAAACAAUGCAUUUUAUAAUUUGUACACCAUGACAACAUUUUAAAUCUUAAUGUAAUUGGAUUAGGUUUGGCUUCUUUUUCUUUAUUUUUUUUCGAAUGAAUGUAUAUUAAAAUGACAGUAUCUAAUUGUUAAUCUAUCUCUGAUCAAUCAUAUGAAAUUGUUCAGUUCAAUUUUGUAUUAGGUAAACAAUUCCUACGUAAAUCUUAGAUCUCAAUUCCUUAUCCUCUACUAUGAAACACAUCCAUCCACUUAUGAUAAUAAUACCUUUAUUGAUAAUUAUAAUAUUCCCAGUUAUACUAGAAAUGUUUUGUUAUCUUUUAGGUGUUUGGUUUCUUUCUUCUCUCUUUUUUAUUUCUCAUUAUGAUUUGAUUGUAUGCAUGUAUGCAUCCCUUAUUCACUUCUUGAAUAAAAAGAACAAAAAACAAGCUUCAUAUGUAUCUGACUGAUUAGGUAUUUUUUUUUCUUGUAAUUUCUUUUAUUCUUUCAAAUAAAGAAAGAAUUUGUAGUCCCUUGUAGCUUAGUUAUUUAUUCUUUAUCUUGAUGACUUUUGAUUUAUUAUUUUUUUUCUAUUAUGGAGAUAAAACCUCAAUUGUAUUAGAUCCAUUGUGCAUUUAUGUAAUAUUGAUUUUCUUUUUGUUUCAAUGAAGUAACAUUUCGGAUAUUAAUUUUUAAAGAUCUCGCCGUAUAUGGUUUACUUCUACAAAUAUAUUAUGAAUUGAUAUU